AUGGACCGCGAGGCCCGAGAGCACUACAGCGUGGUGAUCCAGGCCAAAGACAUGGCAGGUCAGGUGGGAGGUCUCUCAGGCUCCACCACCGUCAACAUCACUCUCACUGACGUCAACGACAACCCGCCCAAGUUCCCUCAAAAAAACUACGAGCUGUACGUGGUGGAGUCGGCACAAGUGGGAAAACCGGUGGGAAAAAUCAAAGCCAACGACGACGACAUUGGGAUUAACGCGGACAUCAAAUACAGCAUCAUCAACUCGGAGGGAGCCAACACCUUCUCCAUCUCCACAGACCGAGACACCCGCGAGGGGAUCAUCAGCCUCAAGAAGCCUUUGGACUUCGAGAGGAAGAAGACGUACACGCUGCAGAUCGAGGGCACCAACACACACGUGGACCCCAGGUUUUCAUAUCUGGGUGCGUUCAAAGACACCGCCACGUUGAAGAUCUCCGUGGGCGACGUGGACGAGGCGCCGCUCUUCUCUAUGGAUUAUUAUAUCAUGGACGUUUACGAGAACUCUCCCGGAGGCACCGAAGUGGGAACCGUCACGGCACGAGACCCGGACAGCAACAACAACCCCGUCAGGUACUUCAUGGCGGAGAGCGAUGAGGAGCCACUGUUCCGCAUAAACGAGAGCACUGGGGUUAUCAGGACCACGAGGCCCCUGGACCGAGAGGACCGGCCCUGGCUCAACGUCAGCGUGAUGGCGGCGGAGGUUGCGAACCCCAGCCUGGUGAACAGUGUGGUGGUGACGGUUCAAGUUCUGGACGUGAACGACAACCCCCCGGAGGUUCCCACGGACGAGGAGGUGAUCGUGUGCGAGAGCUCCAGACCCGGACAGGUGAUCCAGACGGUGACAGCGGUGGAUAAGGACGACUUUGCCAACGGACAGAGGUUUUCCUUCGCACUUCCCAACCACUCGGCGGUUAAUCCCAACUUCACCCUCAAGGACAACGAAGACAGUUCCGCCAGCAUCAUCGCCCGCCGCAGACGCUUUAACCACCUGACGCAGGAGCUGUACGAGCUGGCCAUCGUGGUGUGGGACGGAGGGGAGCCGUCUCUGAGCGGGACCAGCACCCUGACCCUGAGAGUCUGCCCCUGUCAGAGGCACGGCCGCCUCAAAGUCUGCCAGAGCGAGGCCUUCCUCACCUCCGCCGGACUCAGCACCGGAGCCCUCAUCGCCAUCCUGCUCUGCAUCGUCAUCCUCCUGGGUACGGCACCACACUGGAUCAUCGCACUACAACAUCUGACACACAACCACACACUCACACACUUUAUGUAUGGGUAG